UCAGGUGACGCAUGUUUAAACCGCACCCUGAGCACAAAAACAACCGCAGCGCUUCACACCCAACAGAGAAUCACACACCUGACACCAGACACUCCAGCUAAAGAAGAGCCCAUGGCGGAGGAGGCAGAUUUUAUGCGCUCUGUGUUGCCCGCGCACAGCUCUUUUCAACCGGAGGACACUUCUUUAGCCUUACCACAGGCGGACAAACUCACUCUCGCUGACACACACCGGCGCAGCCGACUACAGCAACAAGUGCUGCUCACCCUCUCCCGGAAAAGAAAGAAACCAAACCUGCCAGAUUUAUCUCUUUCAGCAAGUCUAUCUAGCUUCCACAUUUCAAGAUGCUCAUCUUUAAGAAGUGUACAUAUGAAGCAGACGUUCUCAUCUGUCAAACAUGACGUCACACCACAAGCCCCCAGACAAUUGAAGAGGCUUGAUCCAUCUCAGUGGCCAAGUUCAGAGCCGACCUGUUUUCACCGGACUUUCAGAAGCUUUCGUUACCCCACUUCGAGGACAGUUUUAUACUGGGGGUCCAAUUCUUUCACUCUCCCCACUCUCCCCAUAGCCGCUACUACCAACAGUUUCAAUUUGAGCCAACACCCUUUACGUUACGCCCACUCGGAGGUUCUACAAAAAAAUCUGUCAUAUGUUACUGGCCGGUCAACUGUCACAAAGCUCCCAAGUAAACUUACCUUUGAGAACAACCACAUAGAUGAUACAGAUGACGUGUUUUUAACCAGCACCCCUCACAAUGGUGUCCCAGUAGGGUUAGAGAGGAGCAGAAUGGAAUUAGCGAAGAACACCAUUCAGAGAAACCUCAGCCACCCAAGAGAGGGGGGUUUUGAGAACAUGUCCUGGCAGAGUCUCAAACGGAAGCCGAGCCUGGAGUUUGUUGCAGGAAGACAACCCUCCCAGCCAGGCUCUCUGAUCAGCAUGGAGGAAAAGUCAGGAAGUUUAGGGAGGAUUGAAAAGAUGGAGGUCAAGCAACAUGCAAUGGCAUUUCCUCCAAAGAAGGUCAGACAAGGUGAGCAAAGCACAGAAAUGACACUAAAAGAGGCUGUAAAUAUUUUGGGACAAGAUCAUAUGGAAUCACAAAUCACGGCAUCAAACUUCAUACAGAGCCAAUGCUAUAACAGUCCUGAUGCUAAGAAAAAGCUACUUUAUCUGAAAGGCAUCCCAAAACUGCUGAAACUCAUGCAAGAUGAGAGCGAGGAGCUCCAGCUUGCUGCCGUCAGCGCACUACGAAAUGUUGUUUACGAAAACAAUGAAAACAAAAUGGAAGUCAAAGACUGUGAGGGGCUUCCUGUGAUCCUGAACCUGCUCAAGAAAAAUAGAGACAUUGAGACCCGACGUCAGCUCACAGCUCUGCUGUGGAACUUGUCAUCUCAUGACUUGCUGAAAGAGCAGCUCUCGAGAGAAGCGGUCAGACCUCUCACAGACAGUGUUUUGGUCCCAUGCUCAGGCAUUUCUGAAGGGGAAGAUCCAAAAUUGGAGCUGCUGGCUGACCCAGAGAUCUUCUACAAUGCCACUGGCUGCCUGAGGAAUUUGAGUUCAGCCGGUCCUGAUGGACGUCAAGCCAUGCGGGACUGCGAUGAUCUCAUCGAGUGUCUUGUCUAUUAUAUCCGUGGCACCAUCGCAGAUUACAAACCUGAUGAUAAGGCAUUAGAAAACUGUGUGUGCAUCCUGCACAACCUCUCAUACCGGUUUGAUUCUGAGAUGCCUUUUAUGGAUUCCUCUGUGAUACAAGAGCCCAAACACAAUCACACAACAGAAACUAGUACACCUGGCUGUUUCAUCCUUAACCAUCCUAAAAACUCUGAGGAGGAUACAGAUGCAGACUUUCCCCUACUCGAGGAGAAUGGCAAUCCUCACGGCGAAGAGUGGCUCUGGAGCGCUAUCACUAUCCGCAUGUAUCUCUCUCUUAUUGCUGUCAGCACAAACCAACACACAAAGGAGGCAUCCAUUGGAGCGCUGCUGAACCUCACUGCUUGUUCUGGAGAGAUAUCCCAGGCCAUCGCACACUUCAUCGUGCAAAAGGAGGGAGUCCUACUCCAGGUAAAGAAGAUGCUGCAAGAAGAAAAGAAGGAAGAGAUGAGACUAUCGGUGUCAUUGCUAAGAAAUGUAACUCGCUACAGAGAACUGCAUUCAGACAUUGUUAAACAGGUGUUGCCAGAGCUGGUUGCUACGUUACCCAACUCUGAAAGAAGCUCAGAUCAGCCUAUAGAUGUCACAGUGUCAAUCUGUCACAUCCUCAUCAGCUUGUGCCAUGCGUCUGUACAGAACACCUCUGCCAUCAUAAACCAAGGAGCAUUGCCCAAGAUUAUCAGCAUCAGCACCAAAGACAAUGGGUUUGGGCCCACACGAGCAGGCCAAACAGCCUGUAUACUACUGCAUACGCUGUGGAGACACUCUGAGCUGCAUAGCAGUUUCAAGAAGGCUGGUUAUAGGAAAAACGACUUCAUUAACAACAGGACCGCUAAAGCUGUGAAUUCUGCUCGUAACUAAAGGAUCCAGGUGUACAGCCAGAAUGAAGCUUUUAACCUACAUUUACAUUUAUGCAUUUGGCAGAUCCUUUUAUUCAAAGCAACUUAUAGUAGACUUACUACAGGGAGAGUACCCAUGGAGCAACCUGGAGUUAAGUGCCUUGCUCAAGGACACAAUGGUUGUGGCAGUGGGGAUCGAACCAGCAACCUUCUGAUUAACAGUUAUGUGCUUUAGCCCACUACGUCACCAUAGUUAUGUUAAAUAAGUUAAAUACUUUACAUGCAAAAAAAAAAAAAACAUUAUUCUGUCAUCAUACAUUCACUCUCAUGUUGUUCCAACCCUAUAUGACUUUCCUUCUUCUCCGGAUCACAAAAUUAGAGGUUAGGCAGACUGUAAGCCUCAGUCACCAUUCACUAUCCAUACAAUGAAGGUGAAUGGUGGCUUUUGGAUUAAACAUCUUGUCAUUUAAAAACUGUUGCCAAGUAACAUUGCGAUGGUGUGUUUGUGUGUGUAUAAAGUGUGUCUGCUAUCUUAAUGUCUCCUAAUUUAAUACUUAAUAUUUUACCAUGUGUAUUAAUUAAAUAUGAUAAUAGUCUCUUUGUUGACAGUAUACAGCUUUAUUAUUUAUUUAUUUUCUACUGCCCUAACAUUUUACAUUUGUACUUGCAUUUGGUCUGUUUAAAUGCAAUAUUAAA